AUGGCGGACAAGGUCAGGCAAGUUGCCUUAGAAGAGGCACAGCAGUUGAAGUCGCAAGCGCAGAAGGCCGUCCGCUCAGGGGCAUGGCUGUAUCCGUUUAGGGGUAUCAUCUAUUUCCUCACUCAUCGGAGCCUAUGGCAACCGUUGCUGUCACGAAUUGUGCCGACAAUCACUCUCGGGCUGAGUGUCACGUCGGCCAUGUUUUUCUUCACUUAUGUGCCCCAAGCGGCCAUGUUAGCCUUUACCAGUGGACCAUUAGCCCCUAUAUCUGCAGCGCUGCUCGUGCUGAGCGAAAGCUCUACGAUCACCAGCGCCCUGUCGCGAUCGUUGCUGCUCCAGGAAGCCUUGGUUGACACCUUCGAUGGGACACUACUUAGUCGAGGGCAGGCUGCCCUCGUCGCCAAUACCCGUCAGCUCAAAAGUGGUUCUAUUGAUCCCAUUUACCGACUGGGGAAGUUGAUCAAAAAGCCGUUUGCGAGAUUUUCGCCGCGCGCCCUGAUUCGAUCAGUGCUUUAUCUUCCACUCAACUUUAUUCCAGUGGUGGGAAGUAUCGCGUACAUCCUGAUCCAAGGGAAGAAAUUGGGGCCUGUCGCACACGAGCGGUAUUUCCAGAUGAAGGGUUGGAACGCGAGACAGAAGGAGGAAUGGGUGGAGAAGAACAAGGCUGCUUAUACUAGCUUCGGUGUCGCCGCCUUUGUCUUAGAGAUGAUACCAUUUGCAUCCUUGGCGUUUGCGUACACGAAUACAGUUGGUGCCGCUAUAUGGGCAACGGAUAUCGAGAAAUCAGAAUCAACGGCGCCAGGUUUGCGAGAGCAAGCCGAAAAGGCCAAGUAG